AUGGAAGGCAACGAUACUCCCGAGCAGAGCAAGACCAAAGAACCAGAGGUCCAAGAGGUGUGCUCAGAAGAGAGUGCGUAUGAAUAUAUCAUCCAGGAUCCAAGGGAUUAUAUUACCCGAAAGGGGCCACUCUCUGCCGAAGAAAAAGAGGCGCUCAAGAAAAGGCGUAUAUAUGAGAUCCUGAAUCCAAGCGCAGUCCAAGCUAAGAAAGCUGAAGCGGAAGCUGCAGCUCAGCGAGAUGAUGAGGGUGAAGUGCUCUAUAGUUGUAUGGGCUUCCGUUCAGUCGUUCGAAUCAGCGAGCAUCUGGUGGUAAAAAAAGCAUUUAAUAUUCAACUGAGCGAAGUUGCAAAUUUGAAGUUUAUUGCUAGCAAUACUACUAUCCCUGUACCUCAGGUACAUGGAAUUCGCUGGGAAGACAAUAUACCUAUCGCUAUUGUGAUGGACUAUAUGCCCGGGAGACCGCUCGAUAAUGUGUGGAACACAUUAACCCCUAAUCAGAAGCAAUCAGUCUCCAAACAGCUUCGGGAUUUUCUUCUACAGCUUCAUCAACUAAAAGGCGACUAUUUUGGUGCUGCAGAUCGUGGUACGGUUGUUAUGUGCCCUAAGAUCGCCGUUAUAUCGGGAGGGCCUUUUGAUUCCGAGCGCGAAUUUAAUCAGUGGCUUCUUGACGAUAUUCCCCAGCAGAUAUCACCCUCACUCAAGCAUUAUGCAAGCUAUGCUCUGACAGAAGGUCAUGAAAUCAUUUUCACCCAUGCGGAUUUUUCGCCGCGCAAUAUUCUGGUGGAUGAAAACUGCCGGGUUACGGCUCUCCUGGACUGGGAAUAUGCUGGCUGGUAUCCCGCGUGGUGGGAACAUUUCACAGCACAUAUGAAUAUUGACGACUGUAAGGGUUGGAAGGAAUAUCUCUGUUCUUCCAUCCUUCCGCCUAAAUUUGAGAGAGAAAUUCUUGGCAUGACGUUUGUCGCGAGUCUCUGUCGUCGCUGA